AUGAUGGUCUCAAGAUUAUGGUGUCAAAAAACAUGGCAAAAUUUAGCUCUUGUAAAAGUAUUGGGUAUGUUCAUUUUUGAAUCAUACUUUAUGAAAAAUUUUAUUCUUAAUCAUGUACUAUGUUAAUGAGCGACUGCUAAUAAUAAAUUUCAAAUUAAAUAAUUUAUAUUUUAGUAAGUAUAUAUAUAUAUGUAAAUAUUAUUUUAUAUUAUCACUUCUAGGUAAAGAACCCAAAACUUUUUCAACUUUGGUUCAACCAAAAGUAGAUGAAGCAGACGAUAAUGAUUCUCAAGCACAAACUGAUGAUGAAUUACUCAAAUCUCCAUCACUAGCAAAUUACAGACUUGUAUACCCUGAAUUUCUACCAGACCCUAAUCCGUUAUAUCGUAAUAGCAUAAGAGAAAGAUUAGAACGUAUGGAUAUGUUGAAUAGAAGAUCAAUAUUAUCUAUUCCUGAAUUUUAUGUGGGUUCCAUAUUAGCAGUAACUUAUUCUGACCCACAUGCAGUUGGAAAAAUAAAUAAAUUUGUUGGUAUAUGUAUCUUAAGAGAAAGCUCUGGAUUAAGAAGUUCAUUUCUUUUAAGAAAUGUAGUCAAUGGGGAAGGUGUAGAAGUACGUUAUGAUUUAUAUGAUCCUGCUAUCCAAAAAAUUGAUUGUUUAAGAUUAGAAAAAAGAUUAGACGAUGAAUUACUUUACCUGAGAGACGCACCAUUGGAAUAUAGUACAUUUCCUUUUGACAUGGAAAUAGAAGCAAAAAUUUCAGAAUCUGUUCCAGUAAAUGAUAUUAAAAUUCCUCUCAAUCCAUUACCCUGGUCACAAAAAUGGGAGCGUCAUAAUUUAAAAGGAGUUAAAGACAUAGUUGUUAAUGAAAGACGUCAAAAGAAGGCAGCAGCUUUUGCUAAAUCAUGGGAGAAAUAUGAUCUAAUGAAAACAUAUAGGGAGACCAUUCCGGAAGAGGAACAAAAUGAAAUAUUUUCAGAUGUAUAUAUAAAACUUAACGAGUUGGAAAUACAGAAGAAUAUAUUAAAACGCAAAUAUAUGUUGCAAAGACAAAAAUCUUCAAAAACGAGAACUUUAUAA